GGGCUACCCUUCGUCUGCUAUCCUCAACUCUGUGCUGUACAUUGUCUCGAUUCUGCACUCCUCCUGCACUACUUUGAGCACUUCAACAUGCCUAACCCUUCGAGCACGCUGCUUGUCUACUGGCUGUUCACGGCUUUGAUCUCAAUCUUCCCAACCCGCUCGCGGAUCGAGGAGUCGAGCAACGGUCUUGCAGACUCGCUGCCUUUGCUCAAGCUCCUCUUCACCAUUGUAGCGUUCAUUGUGUUUGGUCUUGAGAACAUCCCCAAGGCCAACCGUCACUCACUGACCCGCCCCAAUGUCGAGAAGAUGGUACAAGCGAACCCUUCACCAGAACCUUACUCCAAUCUUUUCUCCCGCUUCACUUUCUUCUGGGUUGCUCCUCUUCUGAAUAAGGGCAAAAAAAAGACUCUCCGAAUGGAUGACAUUUGGAACCUGCACCCCAAGAUGCUGUCAUACCCUGUUCUUCUGUCCACCCAGGCCCGUAUGGAUGCCGACGAGGCAAUUGCUCGCCAAAAAGCUCAACAGCUGGCCGACAAGACUGGAGCCCCUGGAAAGGCGAUAACCGUCCAGCCUCACAAGGCUCGAUUGUUCUCAGUUCUUGUGUACACCGUUGGUUGGGCGUACAUGAGUGCCGUGAUCCCUUGUCUGAUGUACACUGCUGCAACAUACGUCCGCCCUGUCCUCUUUUCGAACUUGAUCGCCUUCAUGGCCAGCUACACCCAAGCGUCCAAGGAGAGGGGUCUCGAGCCUGAACCAGCGUGGAAGGGCUACGGGCUGAUGCUUGGUGUACUGACGUCAAGUGUGCUUGGUGGCUUGUUCAAUGCCCAAUACCAAAACGUUUGCUUUCAGUGCUCGAUUCGCGCUCGUGGCGUGUUCAACAGCCUCAUCUACCGCAAAGCCCUGCGCUUGAGCUCGACAAAUAAGCAAGAGGGCAUGGGAUCGAUUGUCAACCACAUGAGCAGCGAUGUCGACAACGUCUUAAAGCUGUUUAUGAUCAUACACUUGCUCUGGAGCAGCAUUAUUGGAGUCGCUAUUGCCUUGGCUCUUCUCUAUCAGCAAGUAAAGUAUGCCAUGUUUGCCAGCCUUGGAGUCACCGUUGGCAUCGCGAUUCUCAGCGGCUUCAUCUCUUCCAAGACUGGCACGGCGUACAAACAAAUGGCAGCCAAGAAUGACCUGCGUAUGAAACUCGUCAACGAGUUGGUCAAUCACAUCAAGUCGAUCAAGCUGUAUGCCUGGGAGCGUUAUUUUGUCCACCAAGUCUCGGAGGCCCGUUUGAAGCAGCUCAACGCCCUGCGUUGGUUCAACAUCAUUAUCACCAUCGGGGUUGCCUUGUUCAACGUCACAGUGCCACUAUCGUCGUUCGCCGCAUUGACAGUCUACAGCACCGUUGCCACGCCUGACGCUCCCUUGGAUAUUCAGAGGAUAUUCACCUGCAUUACUUUGCUCAACAUGUUGGGGACUCCCGUGAAUAAUAUUACAAGUUCUAUCAACAGCAUCAUCAGUGGCCAUGUGUCGUAUGUUCGUUUACGCGACUUCUUUGAUUCUGAGGAGAUCAACGCUGCCAAUGUCGAACGCCAUCCCGAUGCCAGCAAGUUCGAGAUUGCAUACGAGGUCACGAACGGCACGUUUGGUUGGUACAGCCCCGAAGCGAUCAAGGCAAUGGAAGCGAAGCGCGAGAAAGAAGCCAAGGAGGCGAAAAAGAACGCAAACCUGGCUACCAAAGUUGAUCCUACACAGGAUGAGAAGAUGACUCUUGAUGAGAAAUCGGCUGGUGGUGGCCAUGAGACUUCUACAAUGGAGUCCACAGCAUCCGAUGAGAAGGUUGACGAGUCCAAGAAGGGCGACAAGGCUACUCGUGACACUCUCGGUCCCGUCCUGCGCAAUAUCUCUUUCAUCAUCAAACGCGGAUCUCUGACUGCUGUUAUUGGUCGCGUUGGCGAGGGCAAAUCGUCGUUGGUUGGGGCUCUUCUUGGCGAGAUGCACAAGUACAGCGGCUCGGUGCGUGCCUAUGGCUCGCUUGCCUAUGUUGCCCAGUCUGCUUGGAUCCUCAAUGACACGGUCCGCAACAACAUUCUGUUUGGUCGCGAGUACAAAAAGGAGCGAUACCUUCAAGUCGUCAAAGCCUGUGCCUUGGUCCCUGACCUCAAGAUGCUCGUCAACGGCGACAAAACUCUGAUUGGUGAAAAGGGCAUCAAUCUAUCAGGUGGUCAGAAGCAGCGCAUUUCGAUUGCUCGUGCAGUCUAUGCUAAUGCCGAUGUGUACAUCUUUGACGAUCCGCUCUCUGCUGUCGAUGCCCAUGUCGAUCGCCACAUCUUUGAGGAAGCUAUUACCAAGAUUCUCGCCCACAAGACGCGCAUUCUCGUCACCAAUGGAGCUAUCCACCUGAAGCAGGUCAACCAGAUUAUCGUGGUCAAGCAGGGCAGGAUUUCGCAGGAUGGAUCCUACGAUGACUUGAUCCAAGACACUGAAGGUGACCUGCACCGCAUGAUCGCUGAGAGCAAGAUUGUCGUCUCCAAAGAGUACGACGAUGAAGCUGAAGACGAUCAGGCAUCUGGCGCUGACGAAGAGGUUAUUGCGGAGAUCGUCGAAGGAGGACAAAAGCGACCUGUGGAGCUUACUAAACGAACAACAUUCCGGAAACAAAAGUCAACCAAGAUGGAGGAGGAUCUCGACUUGGAGGAACAUAACGAAGUGGACGCCGAGGUCAAGAGCGAGGGUCGGGUCGACUGGUCUGUGUACAAGUACUAUUUCCACUCGAUGGGCCUCCCUGUGUUCUUCUUGUUCGUGUUUGUCUGCCUCGCCUACUUGGGCACCAGCGUUGGCACCCAGAUCUGGCUUCAGAUCUGGGGUAACGAGAACUACAAGGUCACUCCCUCUCACAGCAACCAGUACUGGAUCUUGGCCUACUUGGCAUGGAUCUUUGCAACCGCAUUCGCCCUGGUAUUGGCCAUCGUCACCUUUUUUCUGGUUCUCGCCCGAAAGGCUUCCAAGUCUCUCCACGCCAGCAUGGUCGCUCCUUUGAUCCGUUCGCCCAUGUCUUUCUUCGAAACCACAUCGUCUGGCAAGAUCAUCAACCGCUUCGCUCACGAUUUCGCGACCAUCGAUGUGACGAUCCCGUUUUCCCUGCUCACCAUCUUCCUCAAUUUCAUGGUGAACCUCAUGCAGGUUGGUUUCUGCAUUGCGGCAACCUCAUACUUCUUGAUACUCAUGGUCCCUCUUUGCGCCUGCUACUAUUACCUCGGAGCAUACUACCUUGUCUCGUCCCGCGAGAUCAAGCGUCUCGACUCGGCUGCUCGCUCGCCAAUGUAUGCCCACUUUGGUGAGACUCUCAACGGCCUGGUGACUAUCCGCGGAUAUGGUGACGCGGAUCGAUUUGCUACGCGAGCAACCAAGCUGCUCGACCAGUCGCAGCAAGUGUACUAUCUCACCAACACGACCCAGCGCUGGCUGCAGGUCAUGCUUGAGAUCCUCAAUGACGUUGUGAUGGCAUUCAUUGCUCUGAUGGCUGUCGUCCUGCGCAACUCGGCCAUUGCAGGUGUCUUUGCUAUUGUCCUCAGUGAGAUCAGUUAUUUCACGACGAAUGUCCAGGCAGUGAUGACCAGCGUCUGCAACCUUGAGACCACCAUAGUUUCUGUCGAGCGCGUCAAGGAAUACAGUGAGCUUCCGUCUGAGGCCCUCGAUGUGAUCCCAGACUCCAAGACGGACAAGAACUGGCCACAGCAGGGCAAGCUCGAGUUCCAAAACUUCUCAACCCGCUACCGUGAGGGCCUAGAUCUGGUGCUCAGUAACGUCGAUUUGACUGUCCGCGCUGGCGAACGUGUUGGUGUUGUUGGCCGCACUGGCGCGGGCAAGUCAUCUGUGACCAUGGCCCUGUUCCGCAUUAUUGAAGCUGCCGAGGGCAAGAUCCUGAUCGAUGGUGUUGACACGUCGACCGUGGGCUUGCAUGAGCUGCGAUCUCGGCUGACUAUCAUCCCGCAAGAUCCUUUCCUGUUUGGCGGCACGAUCCGCGUCAACCUCGAUCCAUUUGACCAACAUCAAGAUGCGGAUCUUUGGGCUGCUCUCGAGGCAGCCUCACUCAAGCCCUAUAUCUCAUCUUUGCCAGAGGGCCUCCACACGGUGAUUGAGAAUGGUGGCGAAAACAUGUCGCUUGGCCAGCGACAGUUGAUGAAUCUGGCACGCGCCAUGCUCAACAAGAACACCAAGGUGCUUUGUCUCGACGAAGCAACCGCUGCAAUCGAUAUCGAGACCGACAACGCCAUCCAGCGAGCGCUCCGCAGGUCGUUCCAAGGGUGCACGGUGCUGACGAUUGCUCACCGCAUUAAUACAAUCAUGGACAGCGACCGCAUCCUUGUCCUUGAGCGAGGAAAAGUUGCUGAAUACGACAAGCCCGCCACCCUGCUAGCCAACCCCAAUAGCAUUUUCUAUAGCCUUGUUAAUAGCCACGACAAGCAGGAAAGGAAGUAGUUCUCAGUAUUUGGACAAUAAUAAUGAACUAUUUCUGCGUGUCGUACGUACCGAGCCGCGCUAGAUUGUUGGAUCUUCAGCUUCCUUCCUUCCCACUUCAUCCACCACGCUCCAUCCAAGUGUCUGUAGUAGAUGGGGCGGCGUAUUUAUAAAGGCGUGCUAAUUUCAAAGUCUGGCCCGACACAGACCAAAGAGUACGACAACUCCAGUGUUUCCAGGGCUUCCUAUUCU